GCAGAUGGCUCCGACGAAGCCUGACUGACAUAUGUCCGGUCAAUCGUAUUCCAGAAUUUACGAUAGCUCACUCCGAUAGUAACCUCCGAACAACCUAGGGAAAAGCUACAUACACAAAAUGCAAGAGCAGUUCGAGCCAUUGAAGAAUGAUCUCCUAUUGAGGGCCGCCAGAGGCGAAACCGUUGAGAGACCACCGGUUUGGGUGAUGAGACAAGCCGGCCGGUACCUGCCCGAGUAUCAUGAAGCCAAAGGAAACCGCGACUUCUUCGAAUGCUGUCGAUCGCCCGAAAUUGCCUCCACACUCACUUUACAACCCGUUGAGCGAUAUGCAGGACUCAUCGAUGCAGCGAUUAUCUUCUCCGAUAUCCUCGUAAUCCCCCAAGCAAUGGGAAUGAUUGUCGAAAUGAUCGAUAAGAAAGGCCCGUCGUUCCCCGAACCUCUGAUCUCUCCGGAUGACGGACAAUACGAGAAAAUACUGAAGAAAGAUGUCGAUGUUAAGAAAGAAUUGGAUUAUGUCUACAAGGCUAUCACAUUGACCCGGUUCAAGUUGAAGGGGCGGGUCCCCCUGAUCGGGUUUUGUGGUGCACCAUGGACUCUCCUUUGCUAUAUGGUAGAAGGCGGCGGCACGAAAUUGUUCAUCCAGUCCAAGAAAUGGAUCUACAAAUACCCCAACGAAAGCAAGGCGAUGUUACAGAAGAUUGCAGAGAUAUGCGUUGAGUAUCUCGCUUUGCAGGUUGCUGCUGGCGCACAACUGGUGCAAGUAUUUGACUCGUGGGCCGGGGAAUUGUCGCCUGCUACGUUCAAAGAGUUCGCUUUGCCUUACCUCCGGCAUAUUUCUCAGCAUCUGCCGAAGCGUUUACAAGAGCUCGGUUUGGAGCGUGUACCCAUGACCGUCUUUGCGAAGGGUGCUUGGUAUGCACUUGAUGACCUCUGCGAGAGUGGAUACAACGUUGUCGGGUUGGACUGGUUGCAUGAUCCUGCUGAGGCAUAUAGUGUGGCUCGAGGUCGUGUGGCGUUGCAAGGUAAUGCUGAUCCUGGUAUUCUGUAUGGUGAUCGAAAUGCUAUUACCAAGACUGUCGAGAAUAUGGUCAAGGGUUUUGGGGGAGGGAAGAAGGGAUGGAUUGCUAAUCUUGGUCAUGGAAUUACUCCAUUCGUCAAUCCGGACGACCUGAAAUUCUUCUUCGAAGAGAUUCAUAGACACUUUCGGUGAGAAAAGUUUUAUAUGAUUUAGUAGAAUAAGAUGAUGAAGAAAAAGAACCUCGCCACGCUACAA